GCCUCGCCUCGGGAUUGGUUGGCGAAGUUUUGAACGAGUUAAACGGUUUCAGCGGGUCAGUGGGGAUUAUUGCUACUGCCGUCUGUGACGGGCGUGUGUUUUACACAACAGCUGUAAAUAAAAGUGGAGACUUUUUUAUUUUAGCACAUUUAUUUUCACGUCAGUAUGCGAUAGAUUUCGCUUUUUAAACUUAGCGGAGCGGCGAACAUCGGAUUCCAUUUCAGAAACUCGGAUACCAAAGGCGGUCACCAUGAGCUCCAUACUCUCAUCUGUACGAUCGCUCAUGCAAAUGUUCGAUGGCAAAGCACAAGAAUUCAUCAGUGACAUUGACAAUGUCCACAUGGUUUGGCUUGAGGAGAUCCAACAAGAGGCCAACCGCAUGUUCUCAAGAGAUUUCAAUGCAGAGCCUGAAUUAAUGCCAAAAACACCAUCACAGAAAAAGAAUAGCCGCAGGAAGCGUGUAUCUUUGGGGCGUCAAGAAGAUAAUCAAGCCAAGCGAAGAUUUUCAAAGGGAAAGCGCAGUAAUCUUCGUGGCUCCUCUAUCAAGUCACUGGACUUCAUUACUGAAGAACAAACCGUUCCAGAGGCUUCCACCUCUGAAGACAGCAGCGCCACACAGCCAAAACGCAACACUCGCAAAAACAAACAAACAAAGCCUGAGGUGGUAGAGGAUGUGAGCCAGUCACCACGUGGCAGCUGUAAAACUGAAGAGGUGCAGAACAAGAAGCCAGAGCUGGUAGAGGACGAAGAGGUUGAGCCUGAAAGCAGCACCGCCACACAGCCAAAACGCACCACCCGCAAAAACAAACAAACAAAGCCUGAGGUGGCAGAGGAUGAAGAGGUAGAUAAAAAUAAAGGAGUGAACAAUGCAGAAGAUGAGCCGGAUGGCACAUGGAGCGCUGCCCAGCCUCCAUCCAAGAUACCCUCACCUGAGGUCGUCGUCAGCAUCUCCUCAGCAGACCGCUUGUCUGCUGAGCUCGUUAAGAAGCUGGAGCGCUCUCCUGGUCGUACAGCUGCUAAAAUAGCAAUAGCCGGCACAGGUCAAAGCUCACGGCGGAGCUCUGUGCGAUGCUCUCUCAAGAUCCGUCACUCCCUGGCUGGUUUGCGACACAGUAUGACACAGGAGUCUGUUCGCCGUGCUUCACGCCGUUCCAUGCUUAAGAGGAAGAUGGCUCGCAUGGGCAACUCCACAUGUAGCAGCAGUGUUGGUGAUGAUUCUCUUGAUAACUCUGCUGAGGAGGAGGAGGAUGGAGAGGCGAUGUCAGAAGCUGUGACUGCAGGCUCAGAGGUUAAUGCAGCAGCUGAAGAAUCUAAGCAAACUCCAGAGAUUACCCAGAAAGUAAAUCCAUCUGUUGGGCGCAUUACUCGUUCUGUGGCUGCAAACUCUCCCAAACUGGCACAAAAAGUGAGCACUCCCGACCGGAGACCAGUUGUCGCUGAGAAACAACAGUCAAGUCGGAGGUCAAGUCAGAGCACCAAACGCAAAGCACCAGAUACUAUAGAGGAAAGUCCCACAAAGAGGAUGUCUCCUCCCAAGAAAAGCCAAAGUGCAAUCAGACCCAAUAUGAGAUCUUUUCUCCACACUGUACAUAAGAAUCAGUUGCUCAUGAUGACCCCGAAUUCCCUCGGACGCACUGCUGUUAUCAAGUCCUUCAUUAAGCACACGACUCCUAUGAAGACUGAUCCUAAGUUGAACACUGGUAUAGUGACGAAAGAGCGUCACAAGCUGGAAGCACUUAAAAAGAAGCAGGAACAAGAGGAGGAAAGAAUGAGGAAAAUGGAGGAGGACAAGAAAAAGAAGCAGGAGGAGCUUAAAAGGAAGAGGGAUGAGAGGCUAAGAAGAGUGUAUGAGGCCAAAAUCAAAGAAGAGCAGAGGGAAGAAGAAAAGAAAAAGAAGAUUGAGCAAAAAAUGGCUCAGAUUGACGAGAAAAAUGACAAGCGUCAAGCAGAGGAGAAGGCCAAGAAGAAGUUGGCUGUGAAACGCCAGGAGGAGCUUGAGCAGAAACGGAAGUUGGAAGAAGAGGCUAGAAAGAAGAAGAUUCAGCAGGAGGAAGAGAAACGGCAGGAGGAGUUACUGGCUAAGAAGAAGGCCGAGGAGGAGGAGGAAUUACGAGCUCGUAAACUGGCUGAAGCCCGCAGAGCCCUGGAGCAGAAGAGGGAGCAGGAGCGCGAGAGAGAGCGACAAGCUGCUGCUGAAAGGGAGCGUGUGGAAAGAGAAAAAGCUCUCGCCCUGCAACGGGAAGUGGAGAGAGCAGCAAGAGAGAAAGAGAGGAGAGAACUGGAGGAGAGAAGAAAGGCACUUGAGGAAAAAAGAAAACAGGAGGAGAAGGAGAAACAGAGGUUAGCUGCAGAACAGAAAGCUGCUAAAGAGAGAGAAGCUGCUGCUAAACAGGCUGCACAGACCGCUUCUAGCCUGAAUGUAACUGUGGAUAUCGAGCGUUCUGUGAUGACUACACCUGUAGGAAAAGGUGGUGGUCUCAACGUGACUGUGGAUAUUGAGCAAUCACCACAGUCAUACUCCAUCACUCCAAAGGGCGGAAACAAACCUUUGACUCUGUCCAAAAGUGCUGAAGAUUACGGGAUGGACCAGAACAGUGACGACUCUACUGAUGAUGAGUCUGCUCCAAGGAAACCUAUUCCAUCUUGGGCAGAAGGUCACAAUCUGCAGCAGAUAAUUAUGAAGCAGUACUUCAACCCUCCCGACAUGGACUCAUUCUUCGGAACAAUUGAACCACCAAAACUGGAAAACAUCUUUUACAAGAGCAAGCCACGCUAUUUUAAGCGCACCAGUUCUGCCGUGUGGCACUCGCCCCCAAUUAAAAACAUGUAACGUCUUGUCUACACUGAUACAUGUAGUACUGUAUAAAGUUUCAUUUUUGUUUUAAAGUCCUUCCAAUAAAGUUUUAAGUGUUUUCAA